AUGUCUUCAAUCCUCCAGGAAAGAGGGUUUCCAGCUGAAAACCCGUUGACAUCAUACUGGCUUCAAGAUCCCCAUCGGCUAGCCUCUUUCCGAUGUUCAGAUGAAGUUCCAGAUCAAUGCGACAUCGCUAUCAUUGGCACUGGCCUAGCCGGUGUGGCUACCGCAUACCAUAUUCUUUCAGAUCCAAAUCUCAGAAAAAAGCCAAACAUUGUCUUGCUCGAGGCUCGCCAGGCCUGUGCCGGGGCGACCGGACGCAAUGGGGGCCAUCUUAAAUUAGCGACGCGGAUUGCGCAGCACUUUGGGGCCAAAUACGACCCCAGAGAAAUGGCAGAGAUUAUCGACAAUCAACUUGAUCAAAUCACUGCCUUGCAAGAGGUAGUUGAAAAAGAAAAGAUUGAUUGCGAGUUUCGUGUAACACGCUCUUUUGAUAUCUUUUUUGAUGAAGAUGAUGCUCGAGAGGCCCACGAGUUCGUGGUUUCUCGGCAGGCGGAAGGGGCUUCGUGGGCUCAGCACAUUACAUGGAUUGACGCUUCCGAGUCGGACAAGAUCACCGGUAUCAAGGACACCAAAGGUGCAUUAAGCGUGCCUGCAGCCUCACUUUGGCCAUACAAACUCGUCACAGCUUUGCUAUCAAGAGUCGUGGAAAUGGGUGGCAAGCUCUUUACUGAGACUUAUGUCACAGAAGUGGAAGAACUGGCCGGCCAUACAAAAUUGACAACGUCGAGGGGCGCUUUGAACACGAAGAAGACUAUUUUUGCAACCAACGCCUACACUGCAGCCUUGCUACCGCAAUAUAAGGAUGUCAUUACACCCUUCAAGGGCCAAAAUUCCCACCUGUCUCCUUCGCCAUCUUUCCAAGUCCCCAAAUCCCUGGAUCACACCUACAAUCUGCAUUUUGACAAGAAAUACGCAGAUUACCUUAACCCAAGACCGGACAAUUCGAUAAUCCUUGGGGGUGGAAAGUGGACUUAUGAGGAUAAGAUCGAUCGGGCGGAGUGGUGGAAUACUACCGACGAUACAAAAUUGAUUAAUGACGCAUCCACAGAGCAUUUCGAUACUGUAAUGGCGACUCAUUUCCAAGGCUGGGAAAAAGCCGAGGCACACCAUGACUUUGUCUGGACUGGCAUCAUGGGCGAGACUCCCGAUGCUCUGCCUCACGUGGGAUUGGUUCCAGGCUCUAGAAACCAAUGGAUCUUGGCCGGUUUCAACGGUGCUGGGAUGACCAUGAUCUUCACAAGUGCAAGAGCCCUUACUAAGAUGGUUAUGCAUGAAGUUGUUUAUGAAGAUACGGAUAUACCAAUAUUGUUCAAAACGACAUCUGAUCGGUUAUUGGUUAAAAAUCCGAGUCUCUCCGCGUAA